AUCUCAGAAAACAUUCGCUCAAAAUUACUCUCUCAUGGCGUAUGGCCAGACCCCCACCACCUUCCGCUCUGCACUCUAAGUUCUUAGCUCUGCCUUUGUUUUUUUCCAUUCAUCACUGUGACUUCAAUUUACUCUGUUUUAGCAGCUCCAAGUCGCCACUAAGAGGGGACUAAUAAAAAUGACUGAGCUGCAAAUUUCAGAAACAGAGUACAGUUCCAACUCAUUCUGUUGGGCUUCAUCUCCUGGGUCAACUCAUUCACCUCCUAACUCGGUCCCAACCUCAACCACGACUCUAAAUGGUAAACCUGAAACCACCGCCGAUUGCAGUAAAACGAUGAAGCGAAUGAGGGGGGACUCAAGCAACCACCCGGUUUACCGAGGCGUACGAAUGAGAAGCUGGGGCAAAUGGGUGUCCGAAAUCCGCGAGCCGCGCAAGAAAUCCCGCAUUUGGCUCGGUACUUUCCGCACGCCGGAAAUGGCAGCUCGAGCACACGACAUGGCCGCUCUGAGCAUCAAAGGCGACUCAGCGAUUCUUAACUUCCCUGAACUCGCGAACUCGUUACCGCGACCCGUGUCUCUAGCACCACGUGACGUGCAAGCUGCGGCAGCCGAAGCUGCCCAAAUGGGAAACUUGGACUCUCCGUCACCAUCCACGGCAUCACCUUCAAAUUCCUCUUUGUCGUCGUCGUCCCUAUCCUCUUUGGUUUUUCAUCCGGACUUAACCUCAGGGUCGGACGAGUUGAGCGAGAUAGUGGAGCUACCGAGUCUAGGGACAAGUUACGACUCGGCUGAGUUGGGGAAUGAGUUGGUAAUUCUGGACUCGAUGGACAGAUGGUUUUAUGCUUCUUCACCAUGGCUCGAAAGCAUGGAAGAUUGCCAGUACGUUUGUAAUCAGUUACUAAAUGGCUUCGAAGAAGGUUUGCUGUGGGAUUACUAAUGUUUUCUUUUUCAUUUUGCUUUUUGCGUUUGUCAAUUGUGAGUGUGUUUAAAUCCCUUUUGCUUUUUCUCUGAAAGGGCUAAAACUCUGUCAUCUUCUAUCUCUCUGUCUAGGUCAUCUCUGUCAA